AUGGAGCUUGGCAAUACUUGGAGUACGAAAACUUACCACCGGUCAGCUUCGAAUGUGGCAGAGUGUGACAUACCUCAACUACGUGCCCAUCCCUCACACCGGUUCACAUUCCAAAUAGCGCCGACAUGUCCUCAGUUUAUUUGGAGACGAUGUCGACUUAUCUUUGUAUAG